AUGAAAAGGAAAUUUAGGAACGAUGAUGAAUCCCAAAGUUCGUCACUUUCCUCAAACAAAGCCAUUCAAGAAUCGAGAGAGCCUUGUGAGAUAUGUGGAAGUGUCGGCAUUGAGGGUUUGAUAAUGACGUGUUUCAAGUGCAGAGAUACGCGAGAGCAUACCUAUUGUGCAAGGAUAUCUUUACCAUCUGUCCCUCCCAUUUGGUUAUGUGAAAUGUGCCGGUUUUCGUCUCGCGUAUUACUCAUACCUGCUGCUGCUGAGGAUCUAACGGAUAUUGAAACCGGUGUUGCGGAUUGUUCCUUAGAUCCAAAGAAUUCUAACAAUUCCAGAGAAGAAGAUCAUGAAACUGCUAGAUUAAGAACUAAUGAUAUGGAAGAAGUUGCAGAGGCCGGAAUUUCUUUGCCAGUAUCGAAAAGCAACUCUAGUCAUGAAAUCGCUGCAAAUGUCAGCUCAGUGAUUCAUGCACCGUCAGAGCCACACACAAGUUCAGGAGCUAAAGAAGGCAAGGAGCUGCAUCAACUACUUGAGGCCUUUCCUAAAAAACCGAGGAACAUUCGGUGGAUGAGCAGACACAUUUCACAGUCACACCAAUCUCUAACAGAAAUGCUUCACCAAAGCGUAAACCGAAGACGCUUCAGCUGA